CGAGUAUUGGGACAACCAUGUCAGCAAACUUUGUGUUCCUUCGCAGCCCCCAGGAAGUGGAUCUUGUGGAGUCAAUGCAACCAAUACGAUCGAGAAAACCGUCAAUCCAGCUAUUGAAGUUUGGACGCACGAGAGAACUGCCUAUCAUCGUACAAGACUCAUCAGACUUGCGACUGGCCGCUCAAGCCUGCCGACCUUGAAUACCAAAUCUAUGACGUUCAGAAAGAGCAUCCCGACUCGAACACUGAAGCAUGGACGCCCAAGCCUGAAGCAGACAAGGAUGAACAUCUCGAUUCGCACGCCGGAAUAUGCAGCCCCAAAC